GACCUGAAUCUCUUCCUCUGAAGCUGUCACCAGCGUGUGGAGCCUGCCCCACACCCAUCCCCUGCCAAACCACGGCCUUUACCUGUGUCUUCCGGUGUUUCCCGUGUGACCCAUCCUGCGGCAGUGCCUCCUGGGCUACCCCGGAGUUCACGCAGCGCUCGGUGGCUCCAAUGGUGAAGAUGACAAGGUCCAAGACUUUCCAGGCAUAUCUGCCUUCGUGCCACAGGACCUACAGCUGCAUUCACUGCAGGGCUCAUCUUGCUAACCACGAUGAACUCAUUUCCAAGUCCUUUCAAGGAAGCCAAGGACGAGCAUACCUCUUCAAUUCAGUAGUUAAUGUGGGUUGUGGCCCUGCAGAGGAGCGGGUGUUAUUAACAGGAUUACAUGCGGUUGCAGACAUUUACUGUGAAAACUGCAAAACCACACUGGGCUGGAAGUAUGAACACGCUUUUGAAAGCAGCCAGAAGUAUAAAGAAGGCAAAUACAUCAUUGAACUAGCUCACAUGAUCAAGGAUAAUGGCUGGGAUUGAACGGAGGGAGCCCAGCCCUACCAGUGUGUAAGAGAAUGCCAUCCAACCGAACAUUGUAUCCAAGAGUGAGAGAGUGACUGAACGCUUGGUUCCAUGCAUUUAGAGGCUCUGCAAUCUGGGAGCAUCUUCACACCCUUCUCCAUCUUUAUUGGUGACUGGCCUCUAAAUUUCUGUCUCUCUGUCUCUUUGCUUUGUAUCUGUUUGUGAGUUGACCCUGGCUGCUUCUCUCUCUGUUCUGGCGUUGGCUAAGAGAAUGCACCGAAUGCCCGACAGCCAUUCCAUGUUGACGAAUGCUUACGUACGAACUGAAGUUGGCUCUGUGGUGGCAUUUUAUCAGCAGGUCUCGGUGCAGGAGGAAGACCUGAGUUUUGGGCAGGAGAACGUGAUAGGGGGUGGGGAGUGGGCCCAGAGGGAGGUCAUUGGGAGUAAAACUGCACUUCUCCUUUAAGUCCUGGUUAACCAAGGCUUGAAACUGUCUGCUUGUCUAAAUGGACAGAAAAAUACCUCACGGCUGCAUUCUCUCCGAAGCAUAAAACUGCUGCUCCACUGGUGGAGCUUCAGUCUAAGCUGGCUGAGCACAAGACGUAACCAGUUCUUCCUGCAAGUCGCAGAUCUGUGUUUUGUUUGCUGUUUAUGAACUUGUUGUCUAGGGGAGGUAGGGGAAACCUGAAGGCUGGAGAGAUUCCCUGCCUCUCCUUUUUCUCUCUGUUUCAGGGGAGGUAGGCCAAACGUCCCAACAGAGCACAGCUGUGAGAGCAUCCUCACAGCUGGAGAAACCAAAUCCUGACACUUGAGCCCUUCAGAGAGAAGGAGAAAACCACUUAAGGCACAAGGAGGCUGGAGCUGGAGCUUAGAAGAUACAGCAGGAAAAAAAAACGAAGGCAGGUGCUAAGUAAGAAAGAGGAAAUUAUGUCGGAGAGGAUGGGGACAAACUCAGUAACGUAGGGUACCCUUUGACUUCCUGUACUCCUCUAGGUGUCCUUGGGGUUUUUUUUAACCAAGCCUUCACGAGUACAAGUAGGAAAGUGCUGUUAGAAUAUCUUUCAGUCCCACGCCCCAGCCAUCAGCUCUGCUUUUGGAGCCUUUCAGAGAAAUGUUGUGAGAGGGGAGAUAAGGGGGAGCAGAGGAAGCUGGCAGUUUAGCAGUAUUGCACAGGUGGAUAUUUCAGGCCAUGAGGUAUCCCCCAAACCUUCCCCCCCUUUUUCCACUCCCUGAAGCCUGUUGGAGGCACAGGGGAGACAAGAAGGAAAAAGGAAACUAAAGUAUCUUCCCUCUACCCCGAAAUUGUGCUCUGGAGUCUAAGUGGGAGAGGUGGAUGUGGUUAUUGUAACUGCAAAGGAUAAGUCCUUUGCUGUGAAGUUUUUCAGACCGAUGAGUGUGGACCUUCCCGAGGUGAUGGGUGGGAAGGAGCACCGUGUGCGAGCAGGGAGCUGCGUUAGGCGUAGAAGACAAUGUGAAGUUUGCUCUGCAGCAGUCCAGCCACUGUCUGGUGCACGGCUCAAAGACUGUUGAACCGAAUUAGUGUUAUCUCUCUGAGUGAAUUUUCUUGUUGUUUGUGGAAUUCUUUCAAGUAGGUUAAUCCACUGGGGGGAAAUCUUUCUUAAUCCAGAAAGAAAGAGUAUUGUGCAGGGGUUUGUAGCUCCUUAUGAAACCGAAGCUUUGGAGCUGUAAUCUCUUGUUGCUUGUCCCCACCCCGAGAUCCCGUGAGCUGGGGACCAGAGUGGAGGGGCUGGCAACGAAAUCAUUUGCUGUUCAUGAAGGAGAUGUGAGCAGAGAUGCUGCUCAUGGGUUGGGGUGGGCUUUACGUGUUGGACCGAAGCCCCGGCCUGCUGGCCUGUCGAAGCAAAAGCUGCUUUUCUCUUGAACCACUAUUUUGUGACAGCGCGUUGUUACACCUGGCAGGGGAAGGUGAGCUGUAGGCUGCUGGAAUGGGUGGAAUUGGCUCAUUUUGUGGCUAGCCUGUUCGGAGAUAGCUUCUGCCUUUACCCUUUCUGUUGUGGUUGUGUAGCGGUUGCUUCAGCUUUCAUUUCUGAUUGUCUCUGCUUCCAUCAUCCACAUUGCCUUAAGCGGUAAAAACCCAGAAAAAAUCACGAGCUCUGCAGUACCCCCCAGCUUGUUGGCACUGGCACUGGCCUGGUCCUCUUGUCCUGUCCUUUGGUUGUUGAUCUGUGACAAUUGAUUGGGUUUUGCCUAGUGGGAAGUAGUAUGCAUUCUUCAAAGAGCUCCUGGUCUCCCACAUACACAGCCCUUGAAGGGAUCUGUUUGUACCUGGGAGGAGAAGUAAGGGAUAACCCAAAAUUGUUAAUAUGAGGUUGAGAAAAUUACCGUGCGUGAGUUCAUGGUUUUAAGUUGGUAUCACCUAUAGAUAAGAUACCAGAUACAAAUGCUUUUAUCCUUAUAUUUGGGACAGGAAAGGAUGAUGUUCGUCAAUCAGGCUGUUUUUAACCGUUCCCUGGGGUUAGGCUUUUAAUGGCAACCAGUCCGAGCCUGAAAAUGGCAAGAUCUUAAUCUGGUUUUAAUUGGCUUUGUCUCGUCAGCAUCCACAGAUUUACGUUGCCCAGAAUGUGGCCUCAUGUCCCGAUAGGAAAACAUGAGUGUGUGCCCAUGGGAGCCCACACUGUGCACAGUCACCACAGGCUGCCCUGUGGCGUGGAAAGCAGCGUGCUCAGCUUAACCAAAGACUGCACCCUGUGCUGGGGCCAUGGGUGGCCCACAGAAAUGCCCCCUGGGGAAGCAUGGGCUGUAAUGUGGGGCAGCCUCAGCCCUGUGAGCUGUGCUUCCAUCACCUCACGCUGCCCCAAAGCUCAGCCUUCGCCGAGUUCCAAAUUGGUUGUGCUCGGGUGGAUUAUCUGCUGUGAGAUCCCUCUCCCUGUAAUAAAUACCCAGAUGGUAAUAUAUACAAAGCAGGAAGAAAAAAAAAUAAUAAUAAUCAUGUUAUCUUGUGAAGUAUACUUUUGUAAAUAAUAUUUAAUUUAAAAAUAAUAAUAAUAAUAUAUUUGGUGCCGUUUUCUCAGAGCUCCUCCCUGCGAGCACUUUUCUCAUUGUUUAUAAAUGAUCCCCUUCCCUUCUGCAUUGGUUGGGAAAUACUUUGAGAGGGAAACAAACACAUGCAUGGAUGUUGUUCUGCUGGGCAGCCCAUGCUGGGGAUGAGGGGUUUGGGGGAUUUGAGGGCUGGGGGGGAUGUGGGGGCUGCCCAUGCAGUGCUGGGCAGGGAUGCAUAUGGCUCCGGGUGCAGGAGCACAGAUCAGCUGUGAGCUCAGCAUCACCACUUGGAGGUUCGUAAGGAGCUGUUUUUAAACUGAAGGAAGUCUUUGGACACAGAUCCCGAGUUUCUUUUUGUUUUGUUUUGUUUUUCUUCGUUUUUAAACCAGGCUGCUACAUAAUGAACUAGAGUGCAAGUUUACCUCUCAGGCAGCAGAGUUCGUUUCUUUGUUUUCCCUUCUGUCCCUGUGCCCCCCUCCCCGCUCCCCUCUUUCUGUUUUUAUCUCGUUGGGUCUCUGUUUGAUCCCAAAGUGGACCAACAGCCUGCACAGCUGGGCUGCAUUGCUGAGCAAGGAGCUGUUUCCAGCACUGAACUGCUGCUGCACGCUCCCUGAUCCUCUGAUGCUGGCACACAUCAUUUAAAGACAGACAGGGAAAAAAAAAAAAACAGAAAACCUACAGGUAGAACUUGUUGUUCUCGUGGUGAGGAUUUUCUCUGUGUGCAUUUUCCUGCCUGGUGUGUGAGUGUGCACUGUGCUGGGCGGGAGGUGUGCUCUGCUCUGCUCUGCUCUGCUCGGUGGGAAGGAGCUCCCAGCAGGGCCAGGCCUUGGGGGCCGAGCACUCAGAAACAAUGAUGUUACACAUAGAGGCUGAAGAAUCCUGUUUAAAAGAGGGGGAAAAAAAGAAAUCAUAGUGAAUUCGAAAAAGAAAUGGACGUAUUUAAUGCAAGCAGAAUGGCACUGUGUGUGGUACAAUCACAAAGAAGCUGUUCUUGUAGCUAUGAACUGUAUUUAUCCUUUGUUUUGUUCUUGUAAGGAAAUGGGAAUGCUUUCCCCGCUGACAAAACUAAAGGACAGUGUUUCCAAUACCAGCCUGUCUAUUGAUGCUCUCGUGUUUACAAAUUGUGUAUACUUUUAUUUCUUUGAUCUUAUUUUAUUUUUUGUCGUAUUCUUUCAGGUCAUUUGCUUCAGUAAUAAAUGCGAUUGUUUGUUUUCAAGUAAUUGGUUUCCACCUUUUCAUGUAUUUGUACAUUGUAUAUAGUUCUUCAGUAUUAGAGGGAGCCGUAUUGUUUGUCAUAUUUACAAUAUGUGUCGGUGCUCAUUUGAGAAAAUAAAAUUUUCAAGUACUAAA